AUGCGCUCCCUUGCCGAAUUUGCUGCCAUGUCCAAAGAAGCGAUGGUGGUGCGAGCUUUGUGUAUGUUCAUGACGUGUUUCAGCUGUGCUCUUGCGCAGUUGAAGAGUUCAUCUUCACCCCUUACCGGACACGACGUGACUCUCUCAGUGCUGAAUAUCUCCAACAAGUACACAGAUGCUUGUUCGUUCGAAACGUACAUCAUCUCUCUGUGUAACAGCAUGAACAUUCCUAUUCAGCGUGGAAACCGUGAAACGCGACAUGCUAUGCAGAUAUUGGCAGUGAAUUCACCAGUCAUGAUAGUUGCUUACAUGGACAAGAUGGCCGACAAGUUUUCUAUCUCUGCUAUUACCGUAAUGGCCCUGAGCCCCGCAUCCUUGCGCAGGUCUCAUCAGUACGGUUGUGACGUGGCCAUCCGAGUGGAAAACAUGUCGAAGACUUACCUUGAAGGGUGCACGGCCAAUAUGUAUUCCACGUUCCUAUGCGAUGUUGCGCACACACGAGCUAUGCCACAAUUGAACAUUCCCCCACAAGGGAAAUCUAACUAUUCACUUGAAGUGGUCCAAAAAAGACGCGUCGCUCAUCACGUCGAUAUCAUGUGCAGAAUUACUUAUUCUGACGGGGUUGAAGCUGAAAACCCCGCGUCCACAUUCACUCAAUGUCAACUUCUACAUGGACAGCAACCGUAUCCGCAGUUGACGUCAAAAAAUCGUUGGAUGAAUACUACAGUAUACAUGAUGCCUAACUCGACGCAUGAUUUUGGAUAUCUGCAUCAGGAUAGCAAAUACGUCCGAUGCAUCACUGUGUUCAUUUCGCCACCAGAUACAGUUACUCAUUUGCAGUUCGUGUUUAUGAAAGUUGAGUGUAAUAAUACUGACCAAGAAGUCGUCGUGUACAUGUCUAAGAAGAAAUACAAAUUGUGCAGACCAGAAGAAGCACCACUGUCGGAAAUAUGCGGACAACCGUUUAAUGAAUGGCCGGUGAACCGAGACCGAUUUCGAGUAAUCGGCGGUGACCUUACACCGAUCCGUUCUCAGCCAUGGACUGUUUUCGUCAAGGUUGAAAUAAUGGCGCUGAGCUCCGAGUCUGUGAGCAGCACUCAUCAGUACGGUUGUGACAUGACCAUCCGAGUGAAAAACAUGUCGAAGGUCUACACGCGUGGAUGUACGAGCGAUAUGUAUGCCAAGUUCGUGAGUGAUGUUGCGUACAUACGAGCUAUGGCACAGCUGAACAUUCCCGCACAAGGGCAUUCUAACUAUUCAGUUGAAAUGCCAAAGGUGAAGGAGAAAAUCGGGACAAGGCGUUUCCAGAAGAAGGAGCUCUACCGGCAUUUGAUUCGACUAUGCGAGAAGGAUCCAAACCAUGCACUCAAGGAAAUUUUUAAUCUCCCUAGGAUAGAUGAACAACCCGACAAAGGGCGGACCUUUGAAUUUUAUAAAGCCUCAUUCGAGGUUGCCCUAAGUCAUGACAUGGAGGAAGCCCGACCGAAGUAUUCCAUCACGGACAGGUUGAUUCAGGCGAUAUCGGUGGCCGAAAUUGUUGCCGAGUUAAAGACACUCGCCAUCGUCUAG